UGACUCAUCCCAUCGUCUAGUCUCAGGGGAGAAGAGACGAGUAAGUUCACUUCAAUUCAAAGUCUUGAAGCUUCUUCUUCCAACUCUCUCUCGGUCCUCUGCCCCUAAACAAGAUUCCAAAAGCGUGAGUGUGUUUGAUAGAAUCAAGAACAAACCUUUAAAAUGGCGCAUCUACUUUCAGCUUCAUGCCCUUCAGUUAUCUCACUUAACAGCAGCAGCAGUAGCAAGAGUUCCCUUUUAGGCCAAACCUUCUUCAAACCUCAAUGUUUUUCAAGAUCUUCUCUCAAAGGACUUCUCUUCCAAGAGAAGAAACUGAGAAGAAGCUCCGUUUUCCGAGCUACUGCUGUGCCUAUAAGCCAACAAGCACCACCCGAAACAUCAACCAAUGGUUCAUCGUCUAAACCAAAACGUGUUAUGGUCAUUGGUGGAGAUGGUUACUGCGGUUGGGCUACUGCUCUCCACUUGUCCAAGAAGAACUACGAAGUUUGCAUCGUUGACAACCUUGUAAGGCGGCUUUUCGAUCACCAGCUUGGACUUGAGUCAUUGACUCCUAUAGCCUCAAUUCAUGACCGAAUCAGCAGAUGGAAGGCUUUGACUGGGAAAUCAAUUGAGCUAUUUGUUGGGGAUAUCUGUGAUUUCGAAUUCUUAGCUGAGUCCUUCAAGUCUUUUGAGCCUGAUUCAGUUGUGCACUUCGGGGAACAGAGAUCUGCGCCUUACUCGAUGAUAGACCGGUCCAGAGCCGUCUUUACACAGCACAACAAUGUGAUUGGGACUCUUAAUGUUCUCUUUGCCAUUAAAGAGUUCGGAGAAGAGUGUCAUCUUGUAAAACUCGGGACGAUGGGCGAGUAUGGUACUCCAAAUAUCGACAUUGAGGAAGGUUAUAUAACGAUAACGCACAAUGGUAGAACCGACACUUUGCCAUACCCCAAGCAAGCGAGCUCCUUUUAUCAUCUUAGCAAAGUUCACGAUUCGCACAACAUUGCUUUUACUUGCAAGGCUUGGGGUAUUAGAGCCACUGAUCUCAACCAGGGAGUUGUGUAUGGAGUGAAGACUGAUGAGACAGAGAUGCAUGAGGAACUCCGUAACCGAUUAGAUUACGAUGCUGUGUUUGGUACAGCACUUAACCGGUUCUGUGUGCAGGCUGCAGUUGGUCAUCCACUUACUGUUUACGGUAAAGGUGGUCAGACAAGAGGCUACCUCGAUAUAAGGGACACGGUUCAAUGUGUUGAGAUAGCUAUAGCUAACCCAGCAAAAGCUGGUGAGUUCCGGGUCUUCAACCAAUUCACAGAACAGUUUUCAGUGAAUGAACUGGCUUCCCUCGUCACUAAAGCGGGUUCAAAGCUGGGGCUGGACGUGAAGAAGAUGACGGUGCCAAACCCGAGAGUGGAGGCGGAAGAACAUUACUACAAUGCAAAGCACACAAAGCUGAUGGAACUUGGACUAGAGCCUCACUAUCUAUCAGAGUCACUUCUUGAUUCGUUGCUCAACUUUGCAGUUCAAUUUAAAGAUCGUGUGGACACGAAACAAAUCAUGCCAAGUGUUUCUUGGAAGAAGAUUGGCGUCAAGACCAAGUCCAUGACAGGGUAAAGUGCAUGGUGAUCAAAUAUAGAACACCUAAGGGAGAUGAUUAUUAGAGAUUAUUAUGGGAGAGAUGUGUUGUUUGUUAAUCUUCAAACUUCAUUUGUGCAAAAGACUUGUUAGCUUUAAGUGGUUUAGUCCAUACAUUGUGCAGGGUUUCAAAUGUUAGAUGGUAAUUUCGAUGAAAUUUCUACAGAGUGUUUGAAAAAGGAUACAUAAAGUAAACCAAGAAUCAAAUGUGUUACGAUCGA